AUGCCAGCCUCAUCCUCAGUCCCCACACGCAAGCGCAGCAGAGCUCAACUCGCAGACGACGACCUUGACGAAUUGUCUCCGCAGAAAGCAGUAGUCACAACGCCGCUGUCUGGUGGGCAAAAGAAGAGAAAAUUGAAUACUCAGACCUCUCCACCAGCUAUUGGCGCUAUAUCUUCCUUUGGCCGAACAAUAUCAGGGUUCCUUGGACUUGGAGGAAAACCGGGCAAGGGAAAUGAGCAGGACGCCGAGGAAGAAGAUGAAUUGGCGACCGGGAAAGAUAUUUUCGACAUCGAGGUUUCAGAAGCCGAGGACUCGGAGCAAACAAAGAGCAAUGGGGGCAGAUCACUAACGGGAAGCCAGAGAAGGAAUGGGAGGCAGAGAAGCGAUGUUCUAUCACCAACCCCGAAGUCAUCUACGAAGAAGAAGUCUACUGCCAGAAUCGACAUAUACGAAGUUACGGUCUCGGAUGAAGAAGAGGGAGCAAGGGCUACAGGAAGCAUCGGCCGGAGAGGACGAGAUAUGAUGGAACGAACAAAAACUAUCUUGAGGGAGAAACGUAUGCCAGGCCGCCCGAGGAAGUCGGAUAUAUUGAAGAAAGACAAGGCACUGUCGAGAGAGGCCGCACGGAGAAGGAUUACCGAAGAUGAAGAAGCUCCAGUCGACGAGGCAUCGGAAAAGGUGGAGGUUCUGAAGAGGCGGAAAACCAAUCGUACGGAGGAGAAUAACCGGGAUGGCGUUGAAUCACAAUCAGAAGCUCCGCCGAGUACAUCCAAACGAGGACGAGGAAGACCGAGAAAGGCGCCAGCAGAAAACACAACUUCAACCAAAACUUUACCCAAAGCCAUUCUUACACCUAGCAAGCCCAGGACACUGAAGUCAAGAAAGAGUGUAGCUUUCGAGCGAGAAGAUACCGGGGUGGAUUUGGGCUUCAAGGAUCUUCCAGAUAUGGCCAGCAGUAAGAAAGCGACAGACAAGGCUGCGAGGGCACCAAGCAUAGAUUCAGCCGAGGAGGCCCAGGACGCCAAGGUUGCCGUUUCAGAAGAAGAGCCCAACGAAGAGGAAGAGGAAGAGGAAGAGGAAGCAGCGUGCUCUAUUUGCUUGAAGCUCGAUUCUAGAAAGGGAAACCAGAUCUUGUUCUGCGACAGAUGUGACAAAGCAGUCCAUCAGAAGUGUUACGGGGUUCCAAUCAUUCCAGAAGGAGAUUGGUUCUGCAGAGACUGUGAACCAGAUACUGAAGAAAAAUCAGAUCUUGGACCCAAUGGAGAGGUUGCCGGUAAUGGACCUCCUGGCGGUCUUGCGGAUAUUGAGGGAUUUGAAGGUCAUUUACGCAUCACUCAGCGAAUAAUAUUAAACAGAUUAAGUGGCCAGCGGCGCAUAAAGUUAAGGGGUCAUGAUGAACAAAUGCAAAAGGUUCAUCAGGUUGUCGAACAGACAAUUAUGGCCGGAGAAGGCAAUUCGAUGUUAGUGAUUGGUGGAAGAGGCUGUGGAAAGACUACUCUUGUGGAGUCUAUCAUAUCAGAUAUAUCUGCUGAACACAGAGAGAACUUCCAUGUUGUACGCUUGAAUGGAUUUAUCCAUACUGAUGACAAGAUAGCCCUGAGGGAGAUCUGGCGACAAUUGGGCCGUGAGAUGGAGGUCGAGGAUGAUUCGAUUGGCAAGAGCAACCAUGCUGAUACUCUAGCAUCACUGCUAGCUCUUUUGUCGCAUCCUUCAGAGAUAUCUAUAUCCCAGACAAAUCAACCAGACCAAACCACUAAGUCCGUAAUAUUCAUCCUCGAUGAAUUUGACCUCUUUACAACACAUGCUCGACAAACACUCCUGUACAAUCUUUUUGACAUAGCACAAGCAAGGAAAGCCCCUAUUGCUGUUCUAGGUCUCACCACCCGAAUUGAUGUGGUGGAAAGUCUGGAGAAGAGAGUAAAGAGUCGCUUCAGUCAUCGAUAUGUGUACUUGUCGCAGCCUCGAAGUCUUCCGGCUUUUUGGGAGAUCUGCAAAGAAGCAUUGACUAUAAAUACGGAAGAACUAGAUGCUGAACUGGUUAGUACUGAUAAUAGUGGCCAGGACGAAUUUCUUUCUUUCUGGCAUACAAUGGUUGAUGACCUCUACAACAAAGACAAUUCGUUCAAGCAUUAUAUGCAAUCCCACUUCUAUCGAACAAAGUCUAUUCCUGCAUUCCUCGCUUCAUGCAUUCUACCAAUUGCGAAUCUCUCUUUGAGUAAAUUCAUGCUCACUGGAAAAGAAUUUACGUCAAACAACCUGUCGCUGUCACCACCAGAUUCAAAGCUCCAUGUUCUGCAGGGGCUUUCAGAUCUGGAGCUAGCUCUUUUGAUAUCUGCCACACGGCUUGAUAUAAUUCUCGAUACUGAUACUUGCAACUUUGCAAUGGCCUAUGACGAAUACAGCUCAUUAACUUCUAAGCAUAAGAUACAAACAUCCAGCACUGGGGUCGCGGCACUAGGUGCAAGCGCAAAAGUUUGGGGACGAGAUGUUGCGCUAGGAGCUUGGGAGAGGCUGGCGGAUUACGACUUGUUGGUUCCUGCAGGCAUCAAUGGAGGCGGUGGCCGAGAUAUUGGAGUAGGAGGACGUAUGUGGAAGGUAGACGUGGGACUCGAGGAGAUAACAGGGAGUGUUGACGGCUUGAGUGGGAUCAUGGCCAAGUGGUGCAGGGAGAUAUGA